AUGGCUAGUGAAAUAGUUAAAACUUUUAAUCGCGUAUCUGGAUCUAUACAAAGUAUUUUUGUGCCUAGAAAUUAUGAGGACGAGAAAGAAGUCGAAAAAUAUAUACUAGAAGAGAAAAUAAAACAGUCGUUUAAUGACUUUGUGGAAAGAUCCGCGGCAAGUACACAAGUACCUGAAUAUACAAAUUUUCGAUCUGAACCUACAGCGUUAAUGUCCACGCCACAAUUAGCUAUGGUUCAUGGGAAAAAAGUAGAAUCGCAUAUUAUAAAAACCAAGGAUAACUAUCUCUUGACUUUACAUCGGAUUUUCAAUGGAAGCAGCAGUCCAGAUAGAACAGUAAUACUGCAUCACGGUUUGAUGGGCAGUUCAGCUGACUGGAUAUUAUUGGGACCUUCGAAAUCGUUGCCUUACAUAUUAAGUGAAGCUGGUUUUGAUGUCUGGAUGACCAAUGCAAGAGGUAAUUAUUAUUCCAGAGGUCACCUGUUAGAGAGAGUCAAUUCAUCAAAUUACUGGAAGUUCUCAUUUCAAGAAAUGGGAGAAUACGAUCUGCCAGCUGUCAUAAAGUACAUAAAGAAGUUUAAACCGAAGAACGAAAAAAUUAAUUAUAUAGGUCACUCUAUGGGAUCGACCGCUCUUUUAGUCCUGCUAUCGACGAAUCCUCGCUACAAUCAAUACUUACGCAUGGGUAUUUUGUUAGCACCUUUAGUUUUUAUGUCAAAUGCACAAGGUCCUAUAAAAAUGCUCACUACGAUGUCUAACCAUCCUCCUGGCAGGCUAUUGAAAGUAAUAGGUGAUACAGAAUUUAUGCCUUCUCGAAAAAUGCCCAAAGUUAUGGCGACGAAGUAUUGUACUCGUCCCAAAUUGUUUUGUAAUAAUCCACUUUUAUUCCUUACUGGUGGCAUAAAUGGGGAUGAAUCUGUAUCUGAUGACAGUUUCCUAGCAAGGCUACUGUAUCAUGUUCCGGCAGGCACUUCGACGAAUACUAUACUUCACUAUGGACAAUUAGUGCAAAAUGGGGGAUUUCAUAGAUUUGGCGAUCCCUCAUCAGAAUUUCAGUUGCGUAAUGUGAGGCUUCCAAUUGCUUUGAUCAGUUCCUCAGAAGACUGGCUAGCGACUGUGCCUGAUGUAAUGAGACUUUUCUUUACUAUUGAAAAUCCGAUAGACCAUUAUAUUAUACGUGAAAAGAACAUGAGUCACACUGAAUUUGUAUGGGGAGCUGAUGCGGACGUAUUAGUUUUCUUUAAAAUUUUAAAACUCUUAGUAGUCGGUCCUAGUUACAAAUUUUAA